GAUUGAAUUUGGCAGAACUGGCAUCACUUGCCUCCAUAGAGUAGAAACACAUUGUAUCAGUCGUUAGUAGCUAGUUGAGCAGAUCGGACUACCGAAUAAAGUGCUUGUUAACGGGACGCCUAUUUUGUGUAUUUACUUCUGAAAAACCGAUGCCUGUUACAGCUGAAGAUCUGUAAAUGUGCAUGAACAAAUAAACAACUGAUACUGUUGUUCUACAUAUGACAACUACUACUAACAUGCAUCGCACUGCAUUAGUAGUACGUCUGAGUAGUAUGUCGUAAACCGCCCGGCAAGUCAGAACCAUCCUCUCGUUUAUCCGUGCGGCUAAUGUAAACAACAGUGAAUCAUCGUGCAAGCAAAACUUCCCCUCAAUGGCUCCGCACUGCGAAAUCCAGUUUGACAACAACCCGCUGGGUAUCUACCAUGCCGGCCAGACACUGUCCGGGAAGGUCAAACUGCGUCUAGAUAAACCGAAAACGGUCAACGGGUUUUAUUUGGUCAUAUCCGGAUUCGCUGAAAUUGGGUGGUACGAAAACGAUAAUGAAAAGAGGGAUACAUACAAAGGAGAAGAGAAACUACUUUACGCCGAGAAUACUUUGAUUGCCCAAAGCAAUGGAGGCGCAAUCGAGAUACCCGUCGGUACUCACGUGUACAAUUUUGUAUGUAAGCUUCCACAGCAGUUGCCUACUUCGUUCGAGGGGAAUUACGGAAAAAUUCGAUACACUGUUUGUGCCAUUCUUGAUCGACCUUGGAAAUUUAAUCAGACUUGUACGGUGGCAUUUACGGUGCUGAAACCGCUGGAUCUCAACCUAGUUCCUUUCGCGGGGCAACCAAAGAGAAUAGAUGUGACGAAAACCUUCUGCUGUUGGCCUUGUACAUCACGUCCUUUGCUCAUAACCGUGGAAACACCAGCAACUGGAUAUGUUCCUGGGCAGAAAAUUCCCAUCAUCAUUACUCUAAACAACACCAGCAGCGUGGGAAUUAACGGUGUAAAAUGUAGCCUAGAUCGAACAGAAUCCUACAUCAGUCAGUCACCGUAUGAGAAAACCAAAACUGUUUGCAAAACCCUUGCAAGCCUGUCAACUGUAGUGACCAACGACAAGUAUGCCCGAUUGACGCAACAGUUGGAAAUUCCUUCCAUUGCACCUACUGGAAAAUGUUCCGUUCUCGUCAUCGAGUACGAGCUGAACAUCAAUGUGCAGGUGGAAAGUUGUCGCGUAAAUCCGAAAAUAGAAAUUCCCAUCUUGAUUGGUACCGUUCCGCUACUGACGAUGACGAUGACGACGUCGACGCCACCUUUGUUGAUGCAAGUCAACGCCAACUAUGGAUCGUUUGAUGACUGUCCGCUGCCAACGGCUCCUCCUCCGCUGGCCAACUUUGAUGGUCGUCUUCCUCCAAGCUACGAAGAAGCCGUGAAUGGAGAAGUGGUGAAUGUGAACGAUGAGCCGAAUGCAAUCGGAUUCCAACCGUACGUUCCGAGAUAUCCGGUGUACAAGUUUGAUAGUUCGGUGAAGUGCUGACCGCAUUUUAUUUUUGUAUGAUUUACUGAGCAUAACAAGAUCAAAUAUGUCAUCAGAGUAAACGGCAAGCAGAUUUUUUUCCGUUAGCAUAGGAUGACUUUCAUUAAGAAGUGAAAAAUUUCAUGUCGAUAGCGGAGCUUCUGGGAGACAAAAACAAUUAUAGAAUCUGAAAAAAUGUUCAAACAAGUGCUUGGUAUAACUUAUAAAUAC